AUGGUUCUAGUCUCCGUGUGGGAGCUGAUAUUCUGUUUAAUGCUGAUGGCGUGGUUGUCUCUGGGAUUAGUUGAAGACGUCCACCACCACGCUCUGAUCAUUGCGCGGGGCCAUACUCUUUCGACUAAAGACGUUCUAGCCAACGCUCUCGGAACAAUGGCGACUAUGACACUAAGGAAUAUGUACCGAAGACAGCGCCACGUCCAGCGACAAAGGACCACCCCGGAGAAGCGCAUGGAGGCGCUAGGGUAUCGUUACAACAUUGCUCUGAGCAUCAUGGGGUAUCACGUUGAAUCUACUGGAAGUGUCAAAGUGUUUCAAGGCAGCAGUGAAGCAAACGGCACCCGUUUCUUCAAUUUAACUAUCAACAAGACAAACCCACGCGCAAGCCAAGGCGAGAAGCGCGCACUAUUGCAAAUGUAUCUCGUAGCGGAGCACGCAAAAAUUGAUCCGCAUACAACAGUGUGGCCGCGUAUUGGAGCACUGGAGCCCAUCUCGAUCUGGAAAAGUCUUGCGCUGUAUUCAUGUGGGGCUAUGGGUGGUGGUCUUGUCGCACUCUCAGUUUUUCUAUCGGAAGAUGCCUCCGGAGCUGCAGAAACCGCUGUAUCGGCACUUUUAACGAGUAUUUUCUUUAGUGGGGUUCAUCUGUGCUGCUGCCAACGCCAAUUGCUGAAAAGUAUCGUGACGUCAUUCCAUUUCCUCUUCCUGCUGUUUCAGAUUGUAGCAAUUGGCGUGUGCGUCGUGGAUAUGCUCAGCUGGCGGUGGCACUGCGCGUGCGGCGUCAUGUGCAGCGGCGUUUUGGCGUUUACUGUCCUGACUAUCGACGCGCUCACUCCGGUCAUGAAGCAGCGGCUUCGGUUCAACUACUGGAUGGUGGUUGGCGGAAUUGUGCUCUUCUGGCUCGUACAGAUGGAGCUUCUGCUUGACGUCUUGGUGCUGGGUCAAUUGGAUCUGAAAGACCGAGUUUCCUUGGAUUUUGUAGUUCUUGGAACACAUUCCCAGUUUCACGUGGCGCCGUUUCUUCUCAGUCGCGUGGUUACAGUUCUAGUGUGGGCCGUACGCUACGUGUUUGUGGCGCUGACCCACCACAACGACAACGCGCUUGUGCUGCUCCGAGGGAAUGUUGAGUUUGAUUAUGAAAAUUGGAAGAGACUGACGAGUUAUGGACCUGUUGAGCGUCAAAGAGGAUGA